AUGGAAGCGCUUCAGUUUCUUCUUACUGCUUCGAAUCAUCACACAAGAUUUUAUAAAAUAGACCUUUACCUUCAGAAGAAAGAGAGCUAUGUGCCUCAGAAACAUGACAAUCGUCUCCUUCUGCUUUUAGACAGAGACCUAUUUAAGGAGCUGGGUAAAGACAGGUUCCAUAAUUGUUCCCUGCUGCUGAGAUGUAUCCAGAGGUUCUUCAGAGAUGACCCAAACCCAGAGGAGCCCUUGUUAAUUCAGCAGGGACUUACCGAAAAGAUAACUCCCCAGUGCCCUAACUUGUGCAGGGAAGAGGAGAUGAGCCUCAAAGGAAACGGAGCAGGGAGCAUUUCUUCUGUGCACAUGGUCGCCUGGUUUGAGGAAAUAAAAACCUAUCUGAUGAGGAAAACCUAUGCCGUGAACAUACUGCUGAUUAAAGUUGCUGAAGACUUCCUCGAGACUGCACAGGUCAUUUCCAAGCAUAGCAGGAAAGGGGCAAUCGAGAUGUUGGAUUCCUUCCUACUUAGUGUAGGAAACCUGGUGGCAAAGAGCAUUGUGACACUACCCAUUCAGCAGAAGGCUCUGGAGACUUUGAACUUCAUUUUGGCUGCUGUACCCAAGGAAGAGAGAGAAAAGCUCUCCUCAGCAGAAGGCCCGUGCUGUCUUAUGAAAGAAUUGGCAAGGAAGAUCUUGACCGUGGGCGAUUAUAGCCACCAGGUUGCUCUAAUAAAGGUGUUGUGUAGCAUGACCGUUGAAACAGAGAAGAGGAAUGAACUUGCAGAUCAGUGGUUUGAGGAUCCACUCCUGGCUAAAGCUUUCAAAGAAGUUAAUCAUGUAUACUUUGAGACGGACUGUCGGCUGUUUCUCAAUUUCCUGAAUGAAAGGCUCGGUGACCAGAGAAGGGUCCAUUCAUUUCCAUGCUUGGCUGCUUUGGCUGGUCCUCAUCAGAUGAGAAAACCAGAAGAUGAAGAUGAAGAAGAGAAAUUUUGGAUUGAUUUCAACCUAGGAAGCCAAAGUGUGACUUUUUACAUACACAAUACGGAGAAUGCUCUGCGGGAUUCGGUAAAGCUUCAGAGGGAAGCAGUUUUCAACUUCAUCAUAAUAGACAAUGAUGGGAUGAAGCUGUUCAUCAUUUACCUGAAACAGCCAAUUAUUAUCAGCAAGAAAGAAGCAAGGAUAAUAGAAAUCUACUUUGAUAGGCAUUUUGACAUAUCAGAAGUUUCUGUCCAAGUUUUGGGAGAAGACAAACAGGUGGCGGUGUACCACAGCUACUCUUGCCUGGGAAGUAAGGACAGGCAGAGUGCAAGCUUGGCUCACAGAAGUUAUCAGGUUUUUGGGGUUCCUACCUUUUCUUUUUUUUUUCGUUCCAUGAAUAUAGAGCCAGCAGAAGAAGCCACAGUCCUGCUGCCAGAGUUUAUGGAUACUGAAGUUGACCCGGAGCCUGCUGUGAGUAUAACAAAUAUGGAAGACCGCUCAGCUGGAAGCUCAAAACCAGAUGACUCCAGACAAGCCGUUACUUCAAAACAUGGGUAUUCUUCAGAUGUACGAGAGGUAUGGACUCAAACUCAGGCAAUGGAAGAUUCUGCCUUGGAGAGGGACAGAGAACAGAACAGGAGAAUGCUGUUCAAGGAUAGGAAACAUUACAUCUUGGACAGUAAUGAAGAUUCAAGUUCAAGUCCCGGUAAACAAUCUCGUGUCCAGAGUCACAGAAGAAAAUUCCUAAGAACGUAUCCCCAGAAAAGGAAGCAGAGAUUCACCUCUAUAAGAAUCCUACCACUUUUCCCCACGAGUAGAGGCAGUGCUCCUGAGAAAGUUCAAGUUGAGCGAACACCGAAACAGAGAGACAUCUCCAGGGGAAAUGAAACCACUCUUAUAAAACUUUCUGAAGCAGAACUGCAAGAUACUUCUGUGCUUUUAAUUCCCGAGGCAUCCACACAGGAAAUAGAGACACCAGAUGAGAGUGUUGUUGCCCCAAAGCACUCAAGAUUAGAAGAUGCUCCAGGAGCCUCUGCUGUGACAGAAAUUUCUACUUUAUCUCAAGAAGACGUACCAGAAAGUGCGAACAGUUCUGCUUUAAAAUCGGCUUUUGAAAAUUUCACCAGAGAUCUGAAAAGAAAAUUUGAGGUACCACUCAAGCACAAAAAGAUUCCACGUCCUUCAGAAGAGGCAAAGGAAGUGCCAGGUUGCCUAACAAGAAUUUGGGACGAGAUACACAUGUCCAGACUGAACAUGCUGGAGAGGUUUCACAGCUCUGUUCUUCAGCAUCUGAGCAACUUGGAGAAGGAUCUCCAGACUGUCAAAUGCCUUGAGAAGGAUGUUCUGGAGUUUUGGGAGAAACAGUCGGCUGACUUCUAAUCAUUCUGUGAUCAGCAAGAACUGAGGUAGAACAGCCUGAGGUGGGAGAUGGAGAUGGAGUUUGUGGUGCCUUGGCCCAAGAGCUGUUCUUCAGAGCUACGCUUAGCAGCAAACAACCCUUAGUAGCUGCUAAUUUAGGGUGGGAUAGGGUGGGAUAGGGUGGGAUCUCAGCUUUUUUCAUCAUCUCCAUUUGUUCACAGAAACUAACCUUCAUAUUCAAUCUUGGCCCAGUAGCAGGAGAAUCCACGAUGUUCAGAAAUUUCAAGUGGUUUACUUUUCACAUGAUUUUAAAAGUAAGCUUUAUUUUAAAUUGAGAAUAGUUUUGUGGAAACCAGAACUUCAGCAGCUGCACAGAGAUUAUUUCAUAAGCCCCCUGAAGGGAAAGGAAAUCUAAAAAUGGAAAGGAUGAAGAAAGUUGGACAUGAAAUUAUUUGGGAGAAAACGCAUUUGCUCUUCAGAUAGUCCCAUUUCUCCAUCCCUCUACCCCAAACCACAUGCUCAGCCAAGGAGAAAUGGUCUAACCUGAGAUCACUGCUAAGUCUCCCGUGAAGUUUGUCUGCAGAGGGCUGUGUGUACAUUGGAGCAUUUGAAUUCAUUUUAGAGAAAUUAAAGCCCAUAUACGUUAAGCGCACUCACAAAGUUAGUUUAUGAUUGGAUCAGUGGAGACUAUGUAUUGAGCAGUAUGUUCUCAUUUUAACCUAGUGAAUUGUGUUAUAGGUAGCAUAUUAAUUGCAGUUUUUUUUCUAAUUCAAAUGUAUGUAAUCCUAAUUGAAUUGUUGUUUUUUUCCCUGUAUAACUUUUAAUAAAGUGUGCUUUAGUA